AUGGUUCCAUUUCCACCAUCGUACAAUAAUGAGUAUAUCCUAUUAGCUGUUGAUUAUGUGUCCGAAUGGGUGGAAGCUGCUGCGACAAUGACCAAUGACGGUAAAACUAUAUUAAACUUUCUCGAUAAACACUUUUUCACUCAUUUUGAUACACCCCGAGUUCUCAUUAGCGAUGAAGGGAGUCAUUUUGUCAACAAGCAACUUGAUGCACUUUUAGCUCGUUAUGGUGUCUACCACCACAAUGCAUUUCCAUAUCACCCCCAGUCAAAUGGCCAAGCUGAAAUUCCAAAUAGGGAGGUGAAAAGUAUCCUUGAAAAGACUGUGGAUAGUUCAAGGAAAAAUUGGUCAAAGAAGUUGGAUGACACACUAUGGGCUUAUAGAACAGCGUUUAAAAGCCCAAUAGGUAUGUCUCCAUAUCGCUUGGUUUUCAGAAAGGCGUGUCAUCUGCCAGUUGAGUUAGAACAUAGGGCAUACUGGGCAAUGAAAAAGUUAAACUUGGAUUGGAAUGCCGCUUGUGAAAAUAGAAUUUUGCAAUUGAAUGAACUUGAUGAAUUUCAUAACGAGGCAUACGAAAAUGCAAAAAUCUAUAAGGUGCGUACAAAAGCCUGGCAUGACAAGAACUUAGUCAGAAGAGAAUAUCAACCUGGACAACAAGUACUUCUUUUUAAAUCACGGUUGAGGCUAUUUCCUGGCAAAUUAAAGUCACGGUGGUCAGGCCCUUUUACUAUAGUGAAAGUGUUUCCAUAUGGCUCAGUGGAAGUGCAAGGCAUGGGCGUGUGCAUGUCGAAGAAUUGA